AUGGAGUAUUCUGAUCGCUCCGGUCCAACCCUUCAGGGCUUAUCCCCCGCCGAGGUCGAGGCCAAGAUGAAGGAACAGGCCGCUAUUCAGGCCAUGAUGGACGACCUCGGCAGCGCACGGCUUGACCAACUACCCUUGGACGAUGGUCCCAAGGCCUCUAAACAUGCCCGUCACUACCACAAUGCUAGAUCCAGCACCCAGCACCGCCAGCCUUCCGCCCCAACAACGUCACUUGGUGAUGUAUGGAGAGAUGCUAUUGCGGCUGGCGCCUUCGACGACGAAGACGCCGAAGGUGUCAAGAACUUGGACGAUCUUGGUGGCGGCAGAAUCUAUGAUAAUGCUAGCACCUGCCAAUCGCGAGAGCAUCGGGUCGUCGACGUGACGAUGAGAAUCCUCGAUCAGCGAAGUUCAAGUUCCGCUCGUCAACGUGCAGAAUCCGCGGCUCAGAGAUGGCAAACUCGCCACGACAUGAACCAAGUGAUCACUGCUUCUUCUAGCCGGGCAAACAAUGGCUGGGAGCCAGUUCCUUCAACCAGCGCUAGGCCCCAGCCUGCUGCGAUCAACCCUAUGAUGAGACCGGCGCGACUGCGUCCCCCUCCGGUUGUGCCAUCCUUACCAGUGCCCAUACCCGAGGUGGUCACCACUCCUGACGCUCCCCUGCCUUUCGACGUGACAGAUGUCCUUUUCAAGACCGAAGCCAACUUUUUGAGUCGGGAUGUCCACCCUGCGAUGCGCUCCGUCAUUAUCUUAUCGGCUGCCAAGCGACCAGAGCUCGGUUUCUUUACUGUGGCUUUGUUCAACCGCAAGUACUGCCAAUGGGCCAUGUCUGCCUGGUACGACUAUUCUAGCGGCGCUGACAACCUGCUGGGCGCCACAUUCCAAGAUGGGAGCACAUUACAUAGUUACCACAUUUUCUUCGGUACUUCCAGCGACCUAAUGGACUUUGUCGAGACCGUUCGGUCGAUCCUAGCAGAGAACGAUGUGGCCCUAGUCGACUCGGCCUCGAUCUCCGCUUCUGCUCCCCCCUUAGCUGCAGCGAGCAGCGGACUGGCCUCUGCAGUCACUCGGGCGGAUCGGGCGGUUGGGGCUACCUGCCCACAGGACACGUCAACUGAAACUCGGGUGGCACGCUCAACCACCCCGGCUACACAUUGUUCUGCAGCGGACUCGAAACCUCAUGUCAACGCGAAGCCAUUAGUGACCCCUAAACCCGUGGUCGAUUCAAAUACAGCGCUCGCCCGGGCCGCUUCUCCGGCCAGCAGCGUGGCACCCGCCUCUCACAGCCGGGCCACAGUUCUACCCACAGAGAACCGCUGCGUUGGCGAGGACGUGAGCGAUGCCGAUGCUACGGCCGACAGCCAUUGCAACACCGUGUUGGCGCCUCACAGUUUGAGGCAGCAGAACACUCCAGUCAGGCAGGCGAACGUGCUGGAAACAUCAAAGAUGAAACAACAUGCCGCUGCUGGCACCGCCACUGAUGAACACGAAGCGGAGGCCACUAAUUUGCUGUCCACGCUCCAGUCAUACCGCCACAAUAACAGUGCAGACAUCGAUGAGUCUUCAAUGCGAAUGUUCAGAAACAUAGUUUCAGCAACAGCCAGGCUGUUCUUUCAAUUUUUCUGCUUCAGCGAAGUAGCUGGUAGAACGAGAACCGUGGAAGAACUGGACCAGACUGCCAGGGGGGUAAAGAUGGGCUUUCUAGAGCACACAGUUAAGAGCGCCAGGGGGCAGGGAUUCAACGAUGGACAGGUUCAGGCAAUCAAGGACGAAAUCUCCAGGGUUUUUGAGUCUGAACUGGCGGCCAAGCUGAGUGCACAGCGAAAUGUGUUCAAAUCCCGACAAACCUACGCUCUGGACGAGCUUCUGUCCAUGAGGGAUCGAGCAGUAAUGCCUCCGGGUGGCUUGGCCAACAUCCCGUAUAUGCCAGAGCCCAGCAAUGGCUUGCUGCGAACCGGCUCCAGCUCCUUGUCUCAAGGCGCUUCAACAUUUCCUCGGCGGGUGGUCGCCUCUCGGGGAGCGGAUAAAGAGGAUAACGAGCGGAAUACGAACUUUGACAAGGCCCAGGUUGCGAGGGUUAGGGACGCCAUGGAUUGGGUUCUCGGGAAGACCGCUCCCUCGAAACCGGACUUUCGGGAGCCCAAACCAGCGUCAGAAGAGGGUCAAGCCACCGUUCCCAUCGUCGAGAAAAUGAGUGCAUCCCAGGAAAAAGGUCUCCAAGGUUCGCGUUGGGCAUCCGGCACGUCAGUCGUUAAGGCUGCCAACUUCUUCACAGGCCCGCGGUAUGAAAAAGCGUGGUCAAAGCACAGCUGCCUGGAGGAACUCGGCCAGCUUCAGCCCCAGGACAAGGUAACCGCAGGGACGGAGGACCUCACGGACCUGUACUUUCCUCUACCCGAAGACACCAACACGCAGAGAGAGCCUGUGAAACCUCGGGUACCUGAUGUCGAUGGCAGCCCGCCACCAGCUGCCACAAGUUCUAGUUAUGGAGCGUCUACCCCGAAGCGGGCUGAUAAAGUCGAGACCGUUACGGUGGGCAUCUCCCGCCUCUCUAUCCGUUCGCCGACGGCCCCGCAGUCGAAGUCGGAUCCGCCUACUACUCCGACCGAGCAGUUGGGAUUUGCUGCGCGAACUUUGAGGGAGGUGUGCUCGCAGCCCGCCUCGACUGCUGCCCAGCGAGAGCCUCAAGCAGCUCAACCCAAAGGGAAGUUCAACUUUUACACCCCUAAACACACCCGACAGUGA